AUGGGAUGCUUUAGAAAACGGCCCUUUUCAAUUUCCGCGAAAAGACCAGCGGCUUAUGUCCUCCCUGAGCCGAUUGACGAGGAGCUGCUCCCGAAUGGUCGUUUGAAAUAUUUCCAUCCAACACAGCCCGGCCAGAUACUUGACGACAGAUUCAAGACGAUUGCGAAACUCGGGUUUGGGUCGGGAUCCACUGUCUGGUUGGCAGAAAAUGUAGCAUAUAAAAGAUGGGUCAAGUCGUCAGGUCCUCGCUAUGUUAGCAUCAAAAUAUCCGCUUUAGAUGCAAAUGCUGCUGAUGAGAUUAGAUGUAUGAAGCUCAUCUCAAAGGCCAAUCCAUCACACGAAGGUCUCUCACAUAUUCGGACACCCAUUGAUGUGUUUAACUUACAAGGUGAAUGUGGGACGCAUACUUGUCUCGUGUUUGAGCCCAUGAGAGAGACUCUUUUCCAGUUCCAGCAAAGACUUCCACGACAAAGGCUAGGGCCUCCAAUAUUCAAAGCUUACAUGUUUUGCCUCCUCCAAGCUUUGGAUUACUUGCACACGGAGUGCCGUCUGAUCCAUACAGAUAUCAAGGAUGAUAAUAUCAUGGUCACACUUGAGGAUGACUCUGUUCUGAAAGAUCUUGUGCAAUACUACAAGACUAAUUCCCAGCCCAAGCAUGUCAGAAACGAAGAUGGGCGUGUGACGUAUUUGUCACAUGAUGAACUUGGUGGCCUCCGUGGCACUACUCUCUUACCUCGACUUGCUGACUUCAAUCUCUGCUUCCCUGGACUACCUGAUAAUCGGGGCCAUAUAUCUCCCAUCCAAUCUCAUCGGUAUCGUGCCCCGGAGGUGUUUCUCGGUUGUCCGUGGUCAUACAGUGCUGAUAUAUGGAAUCUCGGCCUAAUGAAGAUACUAGCCUGUUCAACCGGCCUGCUGGCGAGGACGGCGAAUACGACGCGCGUUCAUCUUGCUCAAAUGGUUUCCACCUUGGGAAAUCCCCCUGAAGCUCUAGUCCAAAGAGAACGAAUGUGUCGUAAAGCUAAACUCGGCAAGAUUAUCAUAAGUCAGAAGGGGAAAGAGUGCGAAACUAUGAACGAGUUUUGGGGAGGUCCUUUUUUUGACGAAGACGGCUGCAUUAUCCGCAAGGACUUGGUCGAAGAAGGGAAGAAAUUAUCUGAUAUGGUGACCGAGUUAGUUGGAGAGGAAAAGGAGCAGUUUCUAGACUUUGCCGCCUGUAUGUUGCAAUGGCUGCCCGAGAAAAGGAAGACUGCUAAAGAGCUGCUAAAACACCCGUUUCUUGACCCUUUGAGGAUCUCAUGA